AUGCAGUCCCUCGAUGGGAGCGUUCCAUCGAUGCUGGAAGGGCAACCACCCACACAAAUGCAGAUAGCACCGGCAACUGGGUCCGCAGCGGAGUUUAUUGUCAAUUUAUGGCGACCGCCGCCUGUCACAACGGAACACCCGACCACGAAACCUACCACAUCGCCUCAAAUAGCGCCAACCAACCUAUCACAACCAAUAGCAAAUCGACCCCCUAACACCAUUGCGAGAGGUGGGAAACAUCAUCUGGUCCCCUGCUACCAUUCUACCGACUACGCAACUGCCGUCCACAGGUCAUCAGUCUUCCCUGAUGGCCAACAUGUCGCACAUCCCGUUAUUCGCACAACAACCAAUGUUCAACCCAUACUCAUACCACUACCAAGGCGCGUACCCCCAAACAACGCAGUCGCAAAGUCACAACAGUCAAGGCACACCAGUGCACGAGAUGGGCUCACAUACUACAGGGUAGGGGUGUUCACGGUCCGAUUUUUUCGAUUAUUAGCUCAAAUCGAAGUCAAACCGCAAAGCUACAAUGGGCGAUCGCCGCCUGGGCCACCGUGCACUUUCCAAAAAGGCAGCACAGAACAAAAACCACCACCCAAAUCCAUGACAGGAGGAAAAAUCAAAACCCCCCAUACAAACAACCCGGGGGGAGAAGGGCGCGAUAGCAACAACAUUACCACACCAGAAACAUCGAGGAUAGUCAAAAUAAACACCAAGCGAGGCUCGAUACCGCUAAGUCUGCCAAUGUGCCGUCGCACGACGAAAGACCAGAUAACAGAAAAAGAGGAAACAACGGGGCAUAAGCAUGAAGUCCCGCAGCUUGACCAAAAAUGCAAGGGAGAAAUCGCUAAAGCUGGAACAACGAGGAUAGGUAAUUACCCCAGGAUGGAAGAUGACGACAGGAGGCCCACCAUAACCGUAAGGGUACACAACUAG